AUGAGUGCUGAUAACCAUCAUAUCGCGGUCAUCGGAGCUGGCGUGAUCGGUCUGACCACUGCUGUACUCCUCGCCGAAGAUGGCUACAAAGUGACCAUCAUCUCAGCCCACAUUCCGGGCGACCUAGAUGAUCAAUAUGCAUCGCCUUGGGCUGGUGCGCAUUGGCGAUCUCAUGCUCCUGCACACGAGAUCGAGCAAUGCGAUUGGGACAUGCAAUCGUAUGACUAUUUUGUCAAAUUGAUCGAGGACGAGCAUAAGGAUCCCGAUCAGCCGAAAUCAGGCGUCAAAAUGUAUCCCUCUUAUCAUUUCUGGGAUGGUCGACCCGCUCGCGAUGAGCUCUGGUGGGCGCCAUAUGUCCGGGACUUCACCACAAUCUCGAAUUCAAGCGAGGUACUUGCACAGAUCAAGCAGCGUCAGACGAAGCCUGAACCAGAAAUCUCCAGCGCAGCGACUUGUCGCGCAAUGUCCAUCAAUGUUCCGCAUUACCUCGCUUAUCUUCGCGACCGGGCUCUUCGCAGUGGGGUCAUCCUCUUUCAGUCUUCUCUCCCAAACGAUGGCGGCUUGGAGAAAGCGCUUUCUACUGUAGACGGAAUCUCGAACGCUAUCGGACGAGGCAAGGUCAGCUGCUAUGUCAACGCGACUGGUCUCGGAGCACUCAAGCUCUGCGGGGACCUUGCAGUCUAUCCUGUCCGGGGGCAGACCGUCCUCGUGCGAGGCGAGGCAACAACAAUAAGGACACGCUCCGGCGCUGCCUCGAAGGACGGCUCAGAAGCCUACACGUCCUAUUGCAUACCCCGGCCAGGCUCUGGAACGACCAUCCUUGGCGGCACGAGAGACUCGGACGCAUGGGACACUACGCCCGACCCGGCCACCACGAAGCUGAUCCUCGAGCGGGCUGGACACAUGGUACCAGAAUUGAUGACCGGAGCAGACGGCGGCUUCGAGGUCAUCAGUGCGCAAUGUGGAUUAAGGCCAGCAAGGAAAGGCGGUCCGAGGACCGAGAGAGAAGUCAUUACCGGGGGCAAGAAGGUCGUUCAUGCUUAUGGCUUUGCUGGAGCGGGAUAUCAGAAUUCAAUUGGAGUGGCAAGAUUGACAGUCAGGAAUGUUGCGCAGUCGCUAGGUAUUGAGGACGCAGGAAAGGCUAUGGAGGAGGGAACCACACGGGGGCCAUCUUCUUGGCUACCAGCUUCGACCGUUCCCAAAGCUUCGACUUCAUCGAAGCUGUGA